UCUCUCUAUAUAUCACAAUUCCAACUUACACAAAUUAAUUCUCCCUUUCAACUCUCACUCAUACUCCAAUUUUAUUUCUCACAUUACUCCUUUUAUUUCUCAAAUUUCAUAAAAUAUAAUUAAUUAAUAAUGGUUGCUAUCUUAAGUUGGCAACUAUUGUGUCUCUCUGCUAUUUUUUCUAGCUUCCUCAUUGCAAGUUCUGAGGAUCCUUACAUAUUUUUGGACUGGAAUGUUACCUACGGCGACAUUUAUCCGUUAGGCGUAAAGCAGCAGGGGAUUCUUAUCAAUGGACAAUUUCCAGGGCCGGAUAUAUAUUCUGUUACUAACAAUAAUCUUAUCAUAAAUGUGCAUAAUAGCUUGCCGGAGCCUUUUCUCAUUUCAUGGAAUGGGGUACAACAGAGGAGAAAUUCAUAUCAAGAUGGUGUAUAUGGAACAACUUGUCCAAUCCCUCCAGGCAAGAAUUUCACUUACACAUUACAAGUCAAAGAUCAAAUUGGUAGCUUCUUCUACUUCCCAUCUCUUGCCUUCCACAAGGCAGCUGGUGGCUUCGGCGGCAUCAGAAUCCUUAGCAGGUCGGUGAUUCCGGUUCCGUUCGACGAACCUGCCGGGGAUUUUACUCUUCUUAUUGGAGAUUGGUACAAAUGCAACCACACGAAAUUGAAGGCCAUUUUAGAUCGUGGUCACAGGCUUCCUUUCCCAGAUGGAAUUUUGAUCAAUGGUCAAGGACCUAAUGCUACAACUCUAUCAUUUGAACCAGGGAAAACAUACAGGCUAAGAAUAUCAAAUGUGGGGCUGCAAAAUUCUCUAAAUUUUCGCAUUCAAGGACACAAAAUGAAGCUGGUUGAAGUAGAAGGAACCCACACAGUGCAGACAAGCUAUUCUUCAUUGGACGUUCAUCUAGGCCAAUCCUACUCAGUUUUAGUCACAGCUGAUCAGUCAGCUCAAGACUACUACAUUGUUGUCUCAACUAGGUUCACCAAUAAACUCCUUACCACCGUUGGUACACUUCAUUACACCAACUCCGCGAAGAAGGUUUCCGGUCCACUUCCCGGUGGACCCACCACCCAGAUCGAUUGGUCUCUCAAUCAGGCUCGCUCCAUUAGGACAAAUCUUACAGCAAGCGGACCAAGGCCAAAUCCUCAAGGAUCAUACCAUUACGGACUAAUAAACAUUACUAGAACAAUGAAGCUAGAGAGCUCAGCUGGUCAAGUAAAUGGGCAGCAAAGAUAUGGAAUCAACAGUGUGUCAUUUGUGGCAGCUGAUACUCCGCUUAAGCUUGCUGAUUACUUCAAAAUCGGAGGCGUUUUUCGAGUUGGAAGCAUUUCAGAUUAUCCGACAGGCAAGAAAAUGUAUCAUGACACUGCUGUUAUGGGUGCUGAUUUUCGAGCUUUCGUUGAGAUCGUUUUCCAGAAUCAUGAGAACAUCGUCCAGAGCUGGCAUCUUGAUGGAUACUCGUUCUGGGUUGUCGGGAUGGAUGGAGGAGUGUGGACACCGGCUAGUCGUGGUCAAUACAAUCUCCAAGACGCGGUUUCACGUUGCACCACACAGGUGUAUCCAAGGUCAUGGACAGCAAUAUAUGUAGCACUUGAUAAUGUAGGAAUGUGGAACGUGAGGACUGAAUUCUGGGCAAGGCAAUAUCUUGGACAGCAGUUUUAUUUGCGGGUUUACUCACCUGUCAUGUCUCUUCGAGAUGAGUAUCCGAUUCCGAAGAAUGCCCUUCUUUGUGGCAGGGCUAAUGGCAAACCUACUAGACCUUUGUAAACAAACCACACUUUGUAAAACUCUAUGUGAUCCUAUCUCAGGCUCUCAUUCUUUGAUGUUCGGGUAAUUUUUUAGUAUCUAAUAAUAAUUCUUUCGUUUAUUUAGUAAA